AGCGAAGUGAAGUGAAGUCCAGUGAUAUACGGAAGAAAAAAUGUUGACUCUAUCGCUUAAAACUCUAUUAAUCGGAUUAUUGUGUGCAUCCCUUAAAGCCGAGUUUCCAAAUGAUCCCAAGCCUUGCAAAUACGGUGACACUGAGUGCAUAAAAAAAGUUGCCACUUUUUUUCUAAGCAAGAAAGGAGAUAAUUCCAUCAAUUUGUCUCAAUUGGAUCCUCUGAUGCCGAAUAAGGUACGCAUUAAUCAAGGAACCGAUAGUCCCGUCAACGUAGAUGUUAUCCUUACAAAUAACAAAAUUUAUGGACUAAGCAAUGCUGUGGUGACGAAAGCGGCGGGUUUUGGCAAAGACUUGGCAAAAAAACAUUCAAUAACCAUUCAAGUGCCUGGUAGUGUUAGUCUAAUAGGAAAUUAUGUUCUUUCGGGUAAAGUUUUAAUUUUACCAAUACAAGGUGAAGGCCAAAGCAAUCUAACUUUGGUUAACCCAGUGUUUGGCAUUGAUUUCGUUGGUGUGGCUGAUGAGAAAGAUGGAGACGUGUAUAUGAAAUUGAAAGAUUUUCAUUUACAUAUCGAUCCGCAAUCUUUUAUAUAUCAUUUCGAUAAUUUAUUCAAUGGCGAUAAAGCAUUGGGAGACAAUAUGAACAAAUUUUUAAAUGACAAUUGGAAGGAAAUCUUUAGCGAACUGAAAGCCUCAAUGGAAAAAGAAUUUGGUGCGGUUGUGGGGAAAGUAAUUAGUCAAGUGUUCACCAAAUUACCAUAUGCGAAAUAUUUUGAGGAAUGAUUGCAUCGUGCUUUUGGGUUUUUCGUUUUUAAUAAUACAUAUAUUAUA